CUAGGAAUUAGCAUUGUGGCAGCAAUGAAAUGCCACUGAUCAACAUUGUUAUCCAGGAAGUCUAUUGGGAUGGGGUGAUCGCCAAAGAUGGAAGACUUUUUACUGGAGACCAAAUUCUUCAGGUCAACAACUGUAACACCAGCAAUGUGUCUCACAACUAUGCCAGAGCCGCCCUUUGCCAGCCCUGGACCACGCUGCACCUGACCGUGCUGCGAGAGCGGUGCUUUGGGGGCCGGACCUACAGCCACUUCAACUGUAGCUCUUCCCGGGAAGAGGUCUUCCACGUGGUCCUUCACAAACAGGACUCUGGUGAACAACUUGGCAUUAAAUUCAUUCGAAGGACCGAUGAGCCAGGAGUUUUUAUCCUUGAUCUGUUGGAAGAGGGCCUGGCUAGCUGCACAGGAUGGAAGGCUGAGCAGCAAUGACUGAGUGCUCGCCAUCAAUGGACACGACCUGAAGCUCGGAACCCCUGAGCUUGCCGCCCAGAUCAUUCAGGUACACGCGGAUAUUCAUUCCACGUGCUCAGCCUUUAUGUCGAUGUUUUCAUAACAUGAGAACCUGAGGGAUAUUUGAUAUUUCAUGGGGAAAUCAAACAUGGCUCCCCAAAUCCUUCCAAAUGCACAAGAGAUUAUUUUAUCAUUACAGAUAAAAUCCUGUCUGGAAAACUGUAUCCCUGUGAACAUUUAGCCUUGCUCUUUAUAGAGUGAAGGCUCUAUAUUUUCACAUGGGUUUUUCAUUUGCUCCAUGGGCUCCACCUAAGCCCAGACAUAAAAAACACAUUUAUGUCCACAUUUAACAGGUGAGACAAGCAAAGCUUGAAGGAGCUGUGGUUCCAAAGUUUUGACUUCUCUGCUCUUGUAACGUUCACUCUCUGCUUCAGCUCCAUACAAGUGGGGAAAGUCAACUUUUAUUGAGAAGAACUCAUUAUCUCUGUAGUGCCUUUUUUAUAAAGCAUUCAGAGCAUUUCAAACACAUCAUAACUUGUGUUCUUACAGUAGCCCUGUGAAGUAAAGAUGGUUAUUAUUAGAGAAAAAAAAUUUUCAAUAAGAGCAUUAAAAUAGGUAAAGUAGAGUGGCACCUGGGUGGCUCAGUCAUUAAGCAUCUGCCUUCAGCUCAGGCAUGAUCCCAGGGUCCUGGCAUCCAGUCUCACAUCGGGGCUCUCUGCUCAGCCAGGAAUCUGCUUCUCCCUCUCCCACUCACCCUGCUUGUGUUCCUUCUCUUGCUUU